GAUAUUUCAACUACAAGUGGCAGUGUCGUUUUCUAUUGGCAGCUUAGAGGUGUAGCUACUGCAAAUGUUGUUGUAGCAACAAGAUCUUAGCAAAUUCGAGGACCUAAGCCAUCGUGGAAUUAUACGAAAGAAGAACACAAUCCAUGUUAUCAGGAAGUAAUGGACAGGAAGCUGGAUCGCCAAUAUGUUGAAGACCGUGGUACAGUUAUGUUAAUGGACAGUCUUCCUUUUACUUGGAAUGUAAAAUCAGAAGGGCCACACUUCUGCCUUGAUAUGAAGAUGUCUCGCCUCAAAGAACUGGGGUAUAGUUUUAUUUUUGGAUCUGAACCCAGGGAACAAUGGCCAGUAACUGGACACCCAGAAAGGAUUCUUAAACUGGAUAUCUCUUUAAAUGAAUUAGAAGAGUUGCAGAAUGAGUCUAUGUAUCCAUUAGAGAAUCUCUGUGAACUGAAUGCUUCCCUAAAUGCUCUGAAAGGUAUACAAGGAGUCUGUGUCUUACAUCACCUGCUAGAUUUACAGCUGAGCUACAAUGCUAUCAGCAGUGUGAGAGGCUUACAACAUAACAAGAUGCUGACCAUUCUCAAUGUCUCACACAAUCAGAUAAGGACUAUACGAGGCAUGCCUGUUCUCAGUAACUUGACCGAGGUGCACAUAGACUCCAACAAGUUGGAAUCCUUAGAAGGCAUUCAGAACCUGCCCCAGCUGCAAGAGCUUCACGCUCAGAAUAAUCAGAUCAGAAACCUGCUCCCUCUCUCAAGUUCUCUGAAUCUACACUUUGCAGACAUCUCUAACAAUGAGAUUCAUUCACUUCACGAGAGCUUGCAAAUACUCAAGACUUUGUUCAGGCUGAAGCAAUUGAAACUGAAGGGUAACCCAAUAGCCAGGGAUAACCGAUAUGUCACCAUGGUAAAACAAUCGACUGCAGUGGAAAUACUGGAUAACGCACUUCUUCGAGAUCCUCGUGGUCACAGGCAGCUCCUGGUACCACAGUAUGCCAAAGAUGGACAGACAAAGGAAGAACUAAUAGAGGCUGCUAGGGCUGCCUACCAGGACAAACUGCAGAGAAAACAGCAAGAGGUGGCGAGCACCAUACAUUACAUGCAUGGGAGGAUCCUGGAUCUUCAAGAAGAGCUAAAAGAACAGAAAGACAGCCUCCGGUUAGAACUGGAAGGAUACAUAAGAUAUCUUGAAACCAUACCCCCUGAGGAUUUCCACAGCAUUGACUCCAGGAAGGUCUCUGGAGCCAUUGAACAGAACAUGUUUACUAAAUUCUGGAAGAAGUGGGACCAUGGCAAGAGAAGACCUGGGGACAUUCCUUUCCAUGACCUAACCAAGCCAGAAGAGGUGGUUAGAACAGCUGCGUGGCUUCUGUCAAACCCUCCAGUUCCACCACAUACCUGAACCAGCUGUGACCUUGCCCAGAAGACCAUUUGUAACCAAGACAAGCCUUGUGUGUCAGGUGUUUAGGUGUGUCAUGGUUUAAUCGGCAAAUAAUUUGAAAACCAGUUUGAAUAUCUGUUGUGCAUUUGUAAAAUUAAAUCAGAUUUGUUUUAAAAUUA